CGUAUUUUAAUCUGCAUAAACAAUAUCUUAAGUAUAAAUAUUACAAAUUUUAUUGCUUUUAUUCGAUGGAAGACACUUUGGGUUUACAAAAGGCUGAAGACAAACAGUCGACAUAUGGUUGGCAAUUGGUUGAUGAUGGUGAUCUAUCAAGAACUGACGUUUCACACAGAUUGAAUAGAAGUCAUCUGCAAGUGAUAACGAAGCAUGAAAUACCUUCCGAUCGACCUGCCAUUCCAGCUACAUUUAUGGAAAAAUUAUCGUUUUUUCGAGCUUAUACCUCUACAUUGAGUAAAUUAGAAUUACUCUGCGAGCAGCAAAAUAGUGUUCAAAGAUUUCUUUGGUUUUAUGUUUUCAACGUUCUAUGUAAAAGUCUACCAAUGACAUACAUAUAUUUAUUCCUAAGCAUCUACUCACCUGAUCAGCAUUUAUUUUUACCGAAAAUGGCGCCACUUUUAUAUGAUCAGCUCGCUGAUUUUGAUUUGCUUGCUGAAUCAAUGACUGCUCCUCCAGUGGCUCAUAUAAUAUUUUCAAGAAGCGGCGAUAAGGUUGAUCCAAGCCUUGACAGUGCCUUGAUUAAUUUAUCAAAUUCAGUUUUUUAUAUAUCGAGAGCAACACUCUCGGAAACGAUAAUUAUAUUUUGGUUAUAUCCUAUGGGUAGAUUGGUCGAUGACAUAACAUUCCAUUUUGGAGUUCCACCAACUAGACUGAGAAUAUGGAGUUUAUUUGUUCUCCCAAUCUUUUAUUCCAUUAAGUGUUACAUACUUAUAGACACCUAUUUAAAAAUGGAGUUUUAUGAAGAGAUGGUGAAUUAUAAAAUGUGGACCUUUAUAAUACAGUCUUUAGUGAUAUUAUUUGGCGCAAUUUAUAUAUUUUUUUAUUAUAUUCAUAAGAAAAAGCAGGUAAUAUCUUAG